AUGAAGUUCGGAGAGCAGCUGCGGUCUAGCAUCAUCCGCGAGUACCAAUGGUACUAUAUCGAUUACGAUGGACUCAAGGCCGAGUUGAAGACCGCUUCGGGACCGCUCGUAGACGCCGAUGAUAACUCUUCGAGGAAUAAGAAGGGUAAGGGAAAGGGAAAGAUCAAUGGCCAGCAGAAGAACAGAUGGACCGAAGAGGAUGAGCAACGAUUCAUCGCCAGGCUCUACGCGGAGCUUGACAAGGUCUAUACCAAGACGAAAGUCAAGCAAUCGGAGAUCCAGCGCCGUAUAGCUGUUAGCGAACGAGAGGUCAAGGAGGUUGUUGCCAAGGUUACCGAGCGAGGCCUCACUGAGCAAGGACCUUCUGAGGAGGAGUUUAUCCUGCUUGAAGAAGACCUUAGCGACAUCAUUGCCGACGUCCAUGAUCUUGCAAAAUAUGUUCAAUUGAACUAUACCGGCUUUUAUAAAAUAAUCAAGAAGCACGAUAAAAUGACCAAUUGGCACCUUCGACCCUCAUUUGACACCGCGCUGAAGAACAAGCCAUUCUACAACGAGGAUUUCGAUGCGGAAGUUGUGAAGCUAUCUAACAUGUACAACAAUGUCAGAACACGCGGAAAUCCCAUAAAGGGCGACAGCGCUGCUGGUGGUACGCAAGGCAGCUUCGUUCGUCAAACAACUAAAUACUGGGUGCAUCCGGACAAUGUCACUGAAUUAAAGCUCAUCAUCUUGAAGCAUCUUCCCGUGUUGGUUUUCAACGCUAGCAAGGAAUUUGAAAUAGCAGAUUCCGCCAUCUCUUCUAUCUACUACGAUAAUCCCGAGAAAUGGGACCUCUACGAAGGCCGGUUAAAGAAGACCGAGGGAGCUGAGGCUAUCCGUCUAAGAUGGUAUGGUGGUAUGCAAAACGACACUAUUUUCGUGGAGCGCAAAACGCAUCGAGAAGACUGGACGGGUGAAAAGUCUGUCAAAGCUCGUUUUGCCAUGAAGGAGAAGAACGUCAACGCAUACCUGAGGGGUGAUCUACUGCCAACGGCCCUCUUCGAAAAGGCUCGCAAGGAUGGUAAGAAAUCCGAGAAGGCCAUUGCUGAGGAUGAGACGCUUGCAAAGGAGGUCCAAUACUCGGUCUUGAAGAACGGGUAUAAGCCCGUCUGCAGAUCGUUCUAUAACCGAACUGCGUUCCAGCUGCCAGCCGAUGCUCGUGUUCGAAUUUCCCUCGAUACCGAGCUUACGAUGGUUCGAGAGGAUAACUUGGAUGGUGUCAAGCGAUGUGGUGAUAACUGGCGACGAAUGGAUAUCGGCAUUGACUAUCCGUUCUCACAAUUGCCUCCUGGAGAUGUUGUCCGUUUCCCAUACGCGGUCUUGGAAGUAAAGCUCCAGACCCAACAUGGGCAAGAACCUCCGGAGUGGGUUCGCCAACUCAUCUCCAGCCAUCUCGUAGAGGCUGUUCCCAAGUUCUCUAAAUUUAUCCAUGGCACUGCUUCCCUUUUCCCUAGCAGGAUUAACUUGCUUCCUUACUGGAUGCCGCAGAUGGACGUGGACAUCCGCAAACCGGCAACUCACAACUUUGGUAUUCACCGCCCGAAUCAUUCGCAUACUAGUGGCACGACAUCAGAUGACGACGAUGACGAUGAUGAUAUUGACUCGGAUGCCGAUGAUGAAACCACCGACAACGGAUCUGCGGGCAAUUCUGGUAAUGGAAAUGGCUUAUCGCGGGGUGCUCAGGCGCUUGUGCUUGGAGAUAUUGAGGGGCAGACUGUCGAGGGCACGGUCACCAACCAAGAUUACCCGCUAUAUGACUCAGAUGACGAAGUAGACGAGGAAGAUGCACUUGAGGAGGCACGGAGAGUUGGCGGCUGGACGUAUUACUCGGCGUUGGCUAAGAAGUAUGGAAAUGCUGUCGGCCACGGUGCGUUCAAUGUCUUGAUGAGCAUCAUACCGCGCCCUCGCUCUACUACAGUGCCUCGUAGCAACCGAAACCAGAUGUUCUUCGGCAACCAGGAAAUCCAGACGAAGAAGUUUAAGGCCCCGAAGGGUAAGAGGAUCUAUGUGCCGGUCAGAGUCGAGCCCAAGGUCUACUUCGCGGCGGAGAGGACUUAUCUUAGCUGGCUUGAAUUCUCGAUUUAUAUCGGAACCAUCGCCGUCACGUUGCUCAACUUCGGCACUCAACCGACUAAGCUCUCUUUCCUUGUAUCGGGAAUAUUUACACUCUUGGCUAUUCUGUCACUGUGCUACUCGGUUGGAAUCUACUUGUACCGAAGCAAGGGUAUUCGCGAGCGCAGGAUUAUUAAGUAUUACGACAGGAUGGGCCCGACUGUCUUAUGCAGUGCCCUCUUUAUCGGUGUUGUGCUGAACUUUGCGUUCGAGGGGAGGGAUAGGGAGCUCUGGUAG